AUGCAGAUCUUUGUGAAGACGCUGACGGGAAAGACCAUAACGCUGGAGGUUGAGCCUGGAGAUACUAUUGACAAUGUCAAGGCCAAGAUCCAGGACAAGGAGGGGAUUCCGCCAGACCAGCAGAGGCUGAUUUUUGCAGGAAAGCAGCUUGAGGAUGGGAGAACCCUGUCUGACUACAAUAUACAGAAGGAGUCUACUCUCCAUCUGGUGCUUCGGCUUCGCGGAGGAGGUGCAAAGAAGAAGAAGAAGGACUUCUCGACGCCGAAGAAGGUCAAGGAGCCUCGGAAGAAGAGAGGGCUGUCGUGGCUGGACAACUUUACUGUCACGGAUGACAAGGUCAAGAUGAAUGGCGUCUCAUGUGAAGUAUGUGGGACAGAAGUCUUCUGCGGAAAGAUCCAGUCUGGAUUCAAGUGUGGGAGAUGUUACAGGGUUUAUGACAAGGACAUUGCUAGCCAUUAA